GCUAAUGAAAAGAAACCGCGAAAGCAUUAAAAACCAUCAUUUAAUUGUAAAACACGGUGUGGAUUUGUAGCAGAUGAGAUAAAUGAAAUGACUUCCGGGUUGUUUAGUACUGCUGAGAAAAACCACACCACUGUCAUGCCGAUGUCCCAGCAGCAUCCCCAGGAAUCAGGUGCAACACCAUCCGCAGCCAGAUCGGGGGAGGAGUUAGCAGAGCCAGGUCACACCCCUCCACUACAGCGCUUUACCCGAGAGAGAGACGGAGAGAGAGAAACUAAGGAGCGCUCAGCCGUCCGUCACCGUCCACAACCAGAAAAAUAUGAUCCGGACGCGAUCCUGCGCUUCUCCCACGAAGACAACAUCUGAUCUCAGCCGAACCCAGUGACCACCGCUCGGCGUUUGCUCUGCCCUGCUUAACUAUUUUUUUUAAAUUAUUUUUUAUUUGAUUUUUUCUCUCCUCACACCUUCUCUCUCACACUCUUUGCGUCUCUCCGCUGGAUCUUCCGUGCCAGAAAAUCAUGUGCGUGGAGAGCGACGGAUGCGAGAUCGAGGGCAGUAGCAGUUCGGACGAGGUGCGCACACUGUCGGGCAGCAUGAGCCCCGGACUGAAGCCCAGCCCGGACCUUCACUCCUGCAAACCGGGCCAGAAAUUCCGCGACGCGCUGCGCCGGUACCGCACACCGGCUGUCUCUGCGGGAAUCCUCAGCUUUGGGAACGUCCUCAAUUACAUGGACAGAUCCACAGUGGCUGGCGUUCUGCUCGACAUCCAGCGGCACUAUGAGGUAACUGACAGUGGAGCCGGCUUGUUGCAAACAGUCUUCAUCUGCAGCUUCAUGGUGGCUGCUCCCAUCUUCGGUUACCUGGGCGACCGCUUCAACAGAAAGGUCAUCCUGAGCUGUGGCAUUUUCUUCUGGUCUACUGUGACCCUGUUGAGCUCGUUCAUCAGCAAAGAGCACUACUGGCUAUUUGUGCUCUCCAGAGGACUGGUGGGCAUCGGCGAGUCCAGCUACUCCGCCAUCUCUUCCACCAUCAUAGGAGACAUGUACACCAGCAACAGCCGCACCAUGAUGCUCUCCGUCUUCUACCUGGCCAUCCCGCUGGGAUCCGGCUUGGGUUACAUCCUGGGCUCCGGUGCCAAGGACGCCGCUGAGGACUGGCACUGGGCAUUAAGGGUGUCCCCGUUCCUGGGCAUCACCGUGGGCGCUCUGAUCCUGCUCUUUGUGCCUGACCCAAAGAGAGGCAGCGCGGAUCACAUGGAAGGACACAUCCCGCACUCCCAAUCGUGGAUCAGUGACAUGAAGGCCCUCGCCAAGAACCGGAGCUACGUGUUCUCGUCCUUGGCGACAGCAGCCGUGUCCUUUGCCACGGGCGCGUUUUCAAUGUUGAUUCCCAUCUACCUGCACCGAGCGCAGGUGGUGCAGAAGGAAGUCGAAGCCUGCACAAAAAAAGUUUGCAGCAGCAGAGACAGCCUCAUCUUUGGGGCCAUCACCUGCGUGACGGGGCUGCUGGGCUUGGUCAUCGGAGCCGCCGCCACGCGCUUCUUUCGGCGUAAGACGGAGCGGGCCGACCCCCUGGUGUGCGCCAUCAGCAUGCUGGGCUCUGCCAUCUUCAUCUGCCUCAUCUUUGUCGUGGCCAAGAACAGCAUCGUUGGAGCUUAUGUUUGCAUCUUCAUCGGAGAGACGCUGCUUUUCGUGAACUGGGCUUUGACAGCAGACAUUUUAAUGUUUGUUAUUAUUCCCACACGGAGAGCUACAGCAGUCGCCUUUCAGAGCUUCACCUCUCAUCUCCUGGGUGACGCAGGAAGUCCAUACCUGAUAGGCAAGAUCUCUGAUAAGCUACAGGAGAGAUUUGCUUCAUCUGAACUAUGGAAGUUCCUCAGUUUGGGCUAUGCCCUCAUGCUGUGUCCCUUCAUCAUUGUCCUGGGGGGCAUGUUUUUCCUGGCCACGGCACUGUAUUUCCUGGACGACAGGGAAAAGGCCGAAAAGCUGAAGAAGCUGAUGCAGCAGACUCCACCUUCUUCAGUCAAGGUAUGACCAGGUGAUCAGCAGACGAGGACCUAUCUGCACAGACGUUUAGAGGACGCCAAAAUAAAGAGUACCCGCCGUCCAUUUUUUAUUUUUUUGCCAUCACCGUUAGAAUCCUCCUGCUGCUCUCGUUUGGUUUUCGGCUUGGAACUGGAAAACGAGGGGAGCGUCUUGCUCCGCCUCGAACCUCCCCAGUUGGGGGCGGGGAGUCGCUUGGGAAUAGCUUUUUCGUCCCAAGUCUGCGAGAAUCCUUGACGACGCAACUCUUCUGACUUUUUGAUGCCAUACUACUGAAUGCUGACCAUGAACCUGCCCUGUCUACCUGCCUGCCUGCCUGCCUGCCUGCCCAACUCUUUUUUGUCUGUAUGCAUCGAACCAUCGGCUGUUAAUCUGCACCAAGUGCCAUAGCCUCAUUUACAUUCCUAUAAACUUUGCACUGACCACCGACACUCCCUCACGACCUCCUCUCUGACUGCACACAACACCUUUUGCCCCACACAAAAUCCAAAUUUUCCACUAAUUAUCCACAUUGAUCGCAGUAUUAACAUCACAGUUUACGUCAUAAUCGCAGUGUUCUUCUAACUGAUUACACUGUGCAUGUAAACAAAGCAGUCAGCCAAGAGCCAAAAAAAAAAAAAAGUGUUACUGUUUGAAGGUCAGUAAAUCAGCCUUAAGAACAGGAGCUUUUCCCCCCAAAUGCACACGUUUCCUUUGACCUCUCAUACAUGUUUUCCUUUGAGCUUUUAGCACUUAAAAUGAGUAUAGACAGUGCCAGAGAAUGUGACAGAUGUGAGAACUUUCUGCACAUUAUUACUUUCUUUUCUUUUUUUGUUUGUGUGUGUGUGUAAUGUUGAAGUUUAAUACUGGAGGUUGCUGCCAAUGAUUGUUUCAGAAGGAUCAUGGUGCUGUUUGCGUGAUCUGAAGCGAACACUGGAUUUUGUUUUGUUUUUGUUAUUUAUUAUAUGCUUACAUAUGCUUUUCCCAAAAGAGAAAUGGAAUGCUACUCAUUGGACUUGGAGAAAAAUAUAUAUAUAAAUAAGGAGCAAUAGGGGAAAAAAAAAUUUUUCUUCUUCUUCUUUGGAGAAAACCAACCAUUUUGUUAUCCUUACUGCCUUAUCAGCGAGCUGCUUUCCCUUUAGACGGCUGGCUUUCUGAUGGUUGGGUUUGAGUUUCUGGACACAAAAAACCGGCCACACAUGGACGGAGUCGCUUUUAAUGAAGGGUUGCAGUCUGGUUCUGGGUGGUAAUACAAUGACAGGCACUGUGAAGAGAGACCUUUCCCCCCCAUGCAGCUGUAGAUAUCUGAUCCCCUCCACCCCAUAUUUGCAGGAAAAACACAAAGCUGGAGAGACAGUCGCCAGCUAAUUAGUGAUCGAAAUCAAAAAGAAUUCAAGACACGAACAGGAAAACCUUUAGCAUCAGGCAUCUCUGACUUAAACAUUUCCUGUUACUUAAUUUAGCGUAAUUUCAUCUGUGAGGAAAUUUUUAUUUUAUUUUUUUUAGAUCCAGUGCUCCUAGGAUACGUUCAGUUUUGAGCGCGUCUUUACUGAAAGGGAAAGGAAGCACUUUCCCGACCUCUAAGCGAACACGGGAAAAAGAUGGGCCUGGGGUUCCCGUGGCGACGAGUGACUCUCCAUGUGGGCCGGAUCAUUAGCUUUAGCUUCCCUCCAGCUGCAUGGAGCGCUCUGAAUGUGAUUGUGCCAGCCGGCCGUGUUUACACAUCAACUUCUUAUUGAACUCCUUACGUUUUUACAUUUUCUUGUCUUUUUAUGAUGUUACCAAAUGUUUGUUUUUUUUAACAACUACAACAGAUAAAUAUAUAUAUGGAGAGAGGAAGAGAGAGCUAUAUCUUGCAGUAACUUUAAUAUAUUGUAUAAAUGAUGGCUUGAAUGCAAUGUAUUUAUUUGUUUUGUUACCAUAAUGAAGAAUAUUCUAUAAAGGGAAGUUUUAUAGUUUGAAUAUACAACACUUUGUUUUCUGUGUCAUUUGGUUUUUAAAUGCCAAGUAGUUUAAAAAUUACUUGUAUGUAUCACUAUUAAUCAACACAGUACCUUUACACAUCACUAAGAAAUCAUCCUGUUAACUGUGAUCAUUAUUCAGACAUCUCAUGUAUAAAAAAAGAAUAUAUAUAUAUAUAUAUAUAUAUAUAUAAACGGAACAAAA